GAGAAUGAAGCCUUAUCACCAGCAAUGAAGCUUAAGGCUGAUCGGGGGGACUUUGCAAUGCAAAUGGAAGAUCCUCCGGGACAAGAUGGAGCUUAUAACCCACUCGGGACCUGGGAGAACAUCCUACGCUUUUUUUUUUUUUUUUUUCGCAUCCUGUGUGCAAGCAGAAUGAAAAUACAGCACAGAAGAGUGAUGGCAGAGAGGGAGGGAGGGAGAGCAAGAGAGAGAGAGAGAGCACAAGCAGUGACUGACUAAAAUCAGGGAGAAACAUUAGUUCUAGGACAUUAGGUUACAAACACCUAAGUAUGGGUGGCUUUCAUUACAUUGAUGAAAUGUAAAGGUGCGAUUCUUAAAAUAUAUACGGUAUAUAUUGAGCAAAACAUCUUCCUUUGUUAACCAAAUUUGAAUUGCGGGGCACUGGAACCAAGAAGAUCUGCAAUAAUGAAAUACCACACAGGUGCUUUUGUAAGCGAGUGUCGGGACCGAUACUUUUGGAUGUCGAUUAAACGGAGCUUCAUUAAAGACCGAUACCGCUUUGACAUCAUCGAUGACAAUGGUGUUCACACUUUGGAUGAGAGAUACUCUGCAUCCUGUGGAUUCACUUCCCAGUUCAAUAUCCCGGGAGACCUGAUCUUCAGAGCUUCAUUCCUUGCUUGUCAUGUGUCAAGUCAGGAAGACGCCCGGUUCCACUUACAGUUUCUGUUUGUGAACAUCGACAAGUUCGGCAGAGAGACCAGCUAUCCCUUCUCAAUGACCUGCAACCUGGGCUCUGAUUGGAAGCCUCGAGAGAUUGUGUGCGAGGAGAACUACAUGGAGGUGUCUGUAAGGAAGAAUGUCCCUGUUAUUGCCCAAGAAGGAUUGGGUACUGAAGACUGGCAGGGGGCCCUCCCUAUAGCUCAGCAAGCGGCAAUGCUGGUUUGGCAGGUUGUGAUCCAUAAAUCUGGGCAGCCGGCAAAAUCCAUGAACAUCUCUGCAAUGCAAGCUCUGGGAUACAUGGUCAACUCUACCUCUUCAAGAGUCUACUUCCGUUCUCCCUUUGGAAUGCCAGAGUCUGAAAUCCUGUCGGUGGCAGGGAUCCAGGUGGAAGCCAUCAGAGCCACUGUGUUCUACAAACAGAGGUGGAUGCUGCUAUUGGUGGACACUUCAGCUGCCUGUGCCAAGAACGAUGGCACUUUUGAUGGUACCAGCCUGAUCUGGGAGACCCCUCGAAUCCUCACCCCCUUGGUCCUUCACAUUGCCCAGUUCCAGGAUAAGCAGAUUACAAUGGGGGUGGAGGGCAUUCUCCUCAAUGCUCCCACAUUGCAGACCAGGGGUUACAAACUGAUUGUCAACAACACCAUAGUGAAGAUUUCUAUCCCCUAUGGAGCUGAAGGGGGAUAUCUGAAGAGUCUUGUCAUUAAUAACCAGUACAACCAACUCUACGCCAUUGACCUCUUCUUUGAGCACCAGUGGGCUGAUGACCUGUGGGAGGUGACCCAGCACCGAUCCUUCAAGCCGGUCAACACCCCCUUCAUUCCUGAGACCCCUUAUGUCAUAAACAACACUGUCCCGAGUGAAAAGAGCUUCACUGUGACCCUUGGUAACUUCAAGCCAGACGUUGAGCUGAAGAACCUGACCAUCAAUGGGGUUCCGCUGACCCUUCCUGAGGCCGAGAACAGGGGUGUGAAGAUCAUUAUGGUCCAGCACCCCAAUGGCACAAAGGAUUUUGUCCUGAAGGUCCCUUUCAACAACCCGCUGGUAUUGGUAGAGUAUGUUGGGAAUCUCAUCAGGAGAUACACCUUGAACAUCAACUACACCUUGAACAUAGUCCCCCAGAAUGAUCCAUAUUUCCACCCAGCCACUAUUGUGUGCGAUGUGAAGGAUGUCAGUCUCCCUGAUGUCAAAAGCUUUUGUACAGAAACCAGCAUAGUGUUUGAAGUGACCCCAGGCAACAUGGACUCCAACUGGGAGCUGUACAUUGGGAAACACCCUCUACCCUACACCAUCACCUACCCCAAGACGACUAUCGAGUUGCCGCUCUUCAGCAUUGGCUACAUCUAUGAGGAUAUCUCUCUUAGGGGCCUUGCUGUUCGAGUGGAACUGAACAUGAGGAACGUCAAGAACUUGCAGAUCGAGAAGCAGUUUGUGCAACGCUGCCCAAUCCCAACCAGGGAGCUACUAGUGUGCAUGCCUAACGGAGUGAUAACUGUGGUGGCUGUGACAAUGGAGCCCAUACCAGUGGUGGAACCCAGCAAGACCACCCUACUGGACCGGACUUGCAAGCCCAAGGAGUUCGACUCUACCAGGGCACUUUUCACCUUCAGUGUGAACACCUGUGGGACUACCAGCAAGAUUGUGAAUAACUACCUGGUGUAUGAGAAUGAAGUGGUGUAUGCCAGAGCACUGUUCCCUCCCAGUGCUCCAGUGAUCACUAGAGACUCUGAAUACAGGCUGACGAUCCGUUGUCGUUACCCGCUCAAUGACACCCUGAUGCUUGCUGCUGAAAGAAUGGCUGUCCCUUCUCCGGCCCCCUUCUCUGGAAAUGGACGAGGAUCCUUGCAUUUCCGCUCUUACGACCCUGUGGCUAGAGGCCACAAGAGACCGAGAGAUGUUAUGAGUCUCAAGGCUCGAAUAGCAAGGGAUAUAAGCUACUCCCAGUUCUACUCUACGUUCCCUGUGUCCCAGUCUCUGCUGGCACCCCUGUUCCUCCAGGUUGAGCUCCUGCACCCUCACGGCUUGGCUGACCACCUCAUCCUGCAGGACUGCUGGGCCACACUGACCCCUGAACUGGAUGCCAGCCCUCAAUGGGACCUGGUCACUGACAGCUGCCUGGUCACAGGAGAUUCCUACAGGACCCGGUUCCACCCAGUGCUGGCAGACACUCUCGCAAGGAGUUCCUCCCACCUCAAGAGGCUUGAGGUCCAGGCACAGCCUAACGAGGAUCCUGCCUUCUGGAGACAGGUGUAUUUCCAUUGCAUGGCUGUAGUUUGUGAUCCUAAUCUGGAGGACACCUGCAAUAAGACAUGUGUGCCUGGAGACCAGAGAUCUGCUCGCAGUGUUGAUCGUUUCAGGAAGACCCGUGGAUAUGUUUCUGCUGGACCAGUCCACAUGAAACCUGAGGGGGAAGUUGCUGAUAUCAAAGCUGCAGACUCUUCUCUGCUGCCCUACUCUGUUCCACUUGUGGGAGUCGCUGCUGUCUUUGUCUCUGGACUCUUGUUGCUGGUUGCUGUGGUUCUGUCUGUUAAAUCAUAGAUGUUGAUCCUAUGCUUUUGAAUAAAGAUUCAGCUUUGAGGCUGAGUGGUUUCUUUUUUCUUAAUCCAAAGUACACUAAACCUGACUUGUUGCUAGUGAACUUCAGAAACUUGUAUGUGGUCUUGUGGUCACUACACUAAACCUUCUGGCUUGACCUCCAAUGUAAAAUGGCUAGUUUCACAGACCAUGAUUGGCACUAAUCCUGUAACCUGCUUAACCUUACUUCUGGGAAGGUAGUUCAAGGUUAGUGUUAGAUGGCCUGGAUCUGUAAACCCUGAUCAGCACUAACUUUACCUUUCUACACAAGGGUCACUAAGCAG